AUGCCUUACAAGUCCCAGUGGUCGGUAGACAUACCGGAAUGUUCCUUGCCAACUUUCCUCUUCAAGUCGCCUACGGCGCCCCUGGGCUCCCAGCACGCCUUUUCAGAAGCUGCCCGCCCUGAUACGCAUUACCUGACACGCGAUCAAUUCCGGCUAUGGGCUCAACGGUUUGCGCUAGGUCUGCAGCGGUCAGAGCACUUUAGGAAAGGGGACCGCGUUCUCCUCUUCAGUGGCAAUGACCUCUUUGUUCCAGUCGUGUUCAUGGGCGUGCUAUGCGCAGGCGGAAUCUUCACUGGUGCCAACCCGACCUUUGUCGCUAGAGAGCUGGCACAUCAACUACGAGACAGUGGCGCGACGUACCUUCUGUGUGCAGAAGGGUCAUUGGAGACGGGGAUUGAAGCUGCAAGACUGGUUGGUCUCGACGUCGCUGAGAGGGUCUUUGUCUAUAAUGCCAAAAUCUUCGAUGGAGAGACCAGAGGGCUCAAAGGUUGCAGGUACUGGGGUGACCUUGUGGCGCCCGCGGAAGACGCUGAGGGGUUUGAAUGGGAUCAUCUAACAGGACCAGGGGAGUGUGACACCACUCUCGCAUUGAACUAUAGCAGCGGCACAACAGGUGUGCCCAAAGGUGUCGAGAUCACCCACAAAAACUACAUCUCGAACACGGUACAGGUGCAACAAUUGGCCACACUCCACCCUGAAUAUCAAGUCCGAACCGCCCGUGCUUCAUGGCUCUGUUUCCUCCCGCUCUACCAUGCAUACGGACAGACAUUUUACAUCGCUGGAGCCUUCAGCCGCGAGAUUCCAGUGUAUGUGAUGCCCAAAUUCGACUUCAUCCAGCUUCUCGAAUAUACGCAGAAAUUCCGCGUCACAGACUAUGCGCUCGUUCCCCCAAUCGCGGUCAUGUUGGCCAAGCAUCCCGCAGUGGACAAAUAUGACUUGAGUUCAGUGGAGAAUAUCGGAUCUGGAGCCGCACCGCUCGGCCGCGAUGUCUCGGAACAGGUCGAGCGACGAAUAGGCACAGGCUUGAACUUCAAGCAGGGUUAUGGAAUGACCGAGUGCACUUGCUCCCUUCUUGGGUGGGACCCGAGGAAGAUAUCUUUGACUAACUCCGUCGGCCAGCUCAACGCUAACUGCGAGGCCAAGAUAAUGACUGAAGAUGGCACCUCCGAGAUCACCGAUCGUGGCCCUUCAGCGGUCGGGGAACUAUGGUGUCGGGGACCCAACGUCAUGAAAGGAUACUGGCGUAAUCCGGAAGCCACCGCGGCAACGCUGACGCCAGACGGAUGGCUCAAGACCGGCGACAUCGCAUAUGUGGAUGAUGAUCUGUGUUUCUUCAUCGUCGAUCGAAAGAAGGAAUUGAUCAAAGUCAAAGGGAACCAGGUGGCGCCAGCCGAGCUAGAAGCCCUCUUGCUCGAGCAUCCCGGAGUUGCAGACGCGGCAGUGAUAGGUAUGCCGACCGAAGACGGAGAUGAGAAACCUCGUGCUUUCGUUGUCAGACAGGUCGGGCCACAGGGGGAGAACUUGACGGAAGAGGCUGUCAAAAAAUUCGUCGAAGGGAAAGUCGUUCGAUACAAACGACUCGCGGGUGGAGUGGAGUUUGUGGAUGCUAUUCCCAAAAACCCAUCCGGCAAGAUUCUGAGAAGACAUUUGAGAGAUGCCACACGGGAGAAGCUGAGAAGAGAGGGCGUGAGACUGUGA